GUGGCGGUCGAGUAAACAUUGCUGGGUUGUAAAUUAACAGCAUGCACAUGCAUCUUGGUCAAAGUCCUCGGUCUGCAAUACCACUCCGGUGCAUGUAGUUAAGGGUAACUCGGCAUCCAGACUCAUUCUCUUUUCUUUCUACAUGUACUCACUCACUACACAUUACACCAUUAGCAACAUUGACUUGUGACUUUUCCAAGACAUUCUCCGUAUAUUGAUGUCUGGAAAUUAACAGAGUUUAAAAUAUAUGUGCUGCAGUUUAUGACCAGCGGGAUGCAGUUGGGUGAUACGUAAGCCUAAUACAGGUCUACUGCACUUCAAUUCUCUGCCAACAAUCAUUUCAGGUAAACUCCUAUUGAAUUGAACAUCCGACUCGUCCAUCCGCCUUCUACAGUAUCGCUCGGCUUCCGGUUAUUUCCAUGAGGAAUGCCUGGGUGAUGAAAAUGGGCUAUCCUAUUCGAUGGUUGGAAAGAAUAUGACGCAUCUGCUAAACUGUCAAAUCGGUUUUAAUGAUUGGUUCCGCGGUGACUGACCUGUGUGGAUGUAAUUAUUGCAAUUGGAUCGUCAGCGAAAAUCCAGGGUAAACUUAGGAAUGUCAGAGUCAGAAGCGUAUGUGGUAUUCGAUUAUGGCACUAAACUUUAAGAGAAUCUUUUACAUGGCCAAGUUGCGGACCAAGCCCAGAUGCCAGUGGCUGAUUGCUGUCUGCACCAUGGUCCACAUCAUGAUUUACAACCACUGUAGCGCCCUCAUCGGUGAUCAUCAAGACCUCCUUGAGAAGCACCAUUCCCUCGGCUUCAAUCCUGAUCUCAUACAGGUCAAUGCCACCUCCAAGCUCCUUAGCUGUGAGGACAUCUCAACGAUUCAGCAAGGGGAUACCAUUGGGCGUGGCACCACGAAGGAGGUGUUUGAAGGAACCUACAAGGGUAGGAAGGUGGCAAUUAAGAUGGUCACACCCAAAGUUAGAGAUGUCAUGGCGUGUCUCAAGAGAAGGGCCUAUCGGAGCAAGUCGGAGUGCUACGAAUAUGCAAAUUUUAAGCUGAUGAAGGAAAUAGCCUAUGGCUUGCAGAUCAAUAGUGACAGAUUAAUCAAGCUUCUAGGGUACUGUGUACGAGGUGAUGCAGUAACAGGAUCUGUCCGCGAUCAGGGGGUCGUUGAAGUCGUGGAAUUUGGAAAGAAACUCAACAAGUAUAGACUCACACAAUUUACCUGGCCCGAGAGAUUACAGGUUGCCAAAGAUCUGGCUGAUGCACUCGUGAUAUUAGAAUAUUCUCCUAUUGGCUCGGUCGAUAUCGGCGACUUCAAAUUGAAUCAGUUCAUCCUCAUUGAUGGAAGGUUAAAGGUCGGUGACCUUGACGAUAUGUCUACUCAGGAGAAACCGUGUAUAAAAUCACGUGACUGCAGUAUACUGGGCGAAACCUCGGGAAUUGAGUGCGUGAAUUCGACGUGCAACGGUAUCAACGCCAAAGCGAACAUUCUCUUAGCCACAAUUGAGAUUCUGGAACCUCUAUUCGAAAAUCCACCGGAACGACUUAGUGAACGAGUUGACCUGCUUCUUACAAAGUUAAAGAACUAUCAAAUAAAUGCUCUUGAGCUUCAAAAGUUUUUAAUCGAUUUAACAUAUGAGUAUACAAUAUCAUGACAUCGGUUUAGAGCUGUGCAGCAUUUUUGACAGUUAUUCCCUAAAAGAAAAUCAUUCCAUAGAAUGACUUAAGCAGAAAGGGGAGCAGAAACUGAAGUGCAGGGGGUGGAGGCCUGUUGCAGAAAGGGUUACGAUUAAACAACUAAAACAAAUAAACACAACUUGAAGUGUGUUAUGGGGUGUCCAAAUUUCGCGGACAUUUAAAAAAUAAUCAUCAGGCUACAAUUCGUUCACAAAAUAUUUACAUUUAAAAAUAAAACAAUUACAUUGAUAGCUACCAAUUCUACGGCAAGAUCGUAAUCUGGUUGACGAAAAUGUGAAGGAGGUCAGGGGGUUUCGCCGGAAUCGCGAUCUCAAAAUUCUAAUCCGGUCGACGAAUGCGCGCUGUGCUGGAAAUCCUGUCUGAAAGGCGUGGUCUGACUUCGCGGACCAAAGUUGUGUGGAGAUUAUAACAAAAUCUCAAGCUCAUAAGGUGAGAUUUUUUUUAUAUCAAAUUGACGGGAAAAUGCUUUAAAAUUGGUCAGUACCAUGUAUUACAUUUUUUAAUGACAUCUUCUUGCAAACUGAUGCUGCAUGGAAAAACCAAUCAUAAUCUAACUAAAGCAUGUCCAAUUAAACGAGUUUCAAGACUCGCAUCAUAUUCGUCAAAUCGACACCAUACCAGUAUGGUCUAUUCGAGUAAUGUUCAUGACAUGUGGUGUUCCUCAGGGAAGCAUUUUUUAUUGUACAAAAUGCCAUGAUAAUUCAUGAUGCUUAUUUAUUUCCAAUAUUAUGCUUGGUUAUCAUAUCAAUUAUGUGACAUUCAUGUCAUUUGAAGUAAUUUGAAACACUUCACACGAGGCAUUUGUGCACAGCGCCACUAUGUUUAUGUCUACAUGAUUUUGUAAUAUCGUUCUCUGCGACGAAUUGUUGUUAUACCUUCCCUUUGGCCAUGUUGGCCGGUGUUGUUUCUGUGAGGUAUUGGCCUAUUGGAGAUGGCUUAAUAAAACUCUGUUAACUGGUA